AUGGCCCUGAGAAGACUCCAGCAAACCCUCGGCCACCUAUACGGUGUCGCACUCACCUCAGAUGCUCCCCAAGAAACCCAACUUUCGAUUGUGCGUGGGCCGAAUGAGCCGCCGCUCUCGUCCGAAACGCUAGGCAUGUUGCUCGAGCGGCAGGUCGAAGUCUUUGGGGACCGAUGUGCCGUCAGAUGUUCUUGGACAGGGCAACAACUGACUUACAAAGAGCUUCACAGUCGCAGCAGGGCACUAGCAGCAGGUCUGCUAUCCCUAGGACUUUCUCGCGGCAACCACAUCGCCAUCAUGGCGGGUAACUGCGAGCAGUAUGUCGAGGUUAUUUUUGCUGCUGGGUUGGUAGGACUGCCGCUGGUGGUCCUGAACACAAACUAUACAAAUGACGAGGUUGAGAAUGCGGUUCAUCGUGCUGAAUGCCGGUUAUUCUUCACAACUCCUUUUAUCGGGUCACGAAACAUGGCCCCUACCAUUCAGAGCAUGCGCGCCAAGCAUCUCUCAUCCUCUACGGACCCGCUCACCUGUGUUCUUUUGGAGCGAGGGAACUCCAAGGGGUCGGAUGGGACCAUUUCCUAUGAAUCACUUAUUUUGCGAGGCCUUGAGGUUCCUGCAAAGGAUCUGGAGGGUGCCGAAAAGGCAGUGCAAGCGGAUGAUGUCUGCAGCCUGCAGUUUACGAGCGGAACCACUGGCAAACCCAAGGUUGCCAUGUUAACCCAUAGUGGGUUGAUCAAUAACUGCAUCGGAUCUGGUGAUCGACUACAGCUCACCGAGAACGAUGUCCUCUGCUGCGUGGUACCUCUGUUUCAUUGUUUCGGCCUCGUGCUAGGCGUUCUCAUGUCUGUAGCACACGGCAGUUUGCUCGUGUUUCCGAGCGAGAGCUUUAGUCCAGUCCGGGCUCUCCAGUCGAUGACGGAGGAUAGAUGCACACUCAUCUAUGGGGUCCCAACAAUGCAUACGGCGUAUAUCCAGGAAGUCCUCUCUCAGCCUCCUGGAACGUACGAUCUGUCAUCGGUAAGGGUUGCUAUCACUGGUGGAGCUGCCACUCCAAUGAAGCUAUUCAAAGAGAUCCGAGAAAUCUUGCAGGUUCCUCAUAUCGUACAGGCAUUUGGGAUGACGGAGUGCUCUCCAGUCACCUUCUUGAACACGGUUGAAGACUCCUUCGAAACUUACUCGACAACAGUGGGCAAGGUCAUGCCGCAUGUCACGGCCAAGGUAGUUGACACGGACGGCAAGACCGUUCCUCUCGGGCAACGAGGUGAAAUUCUUAUUGCAGGCUACAACAGUUUCCGCGGUUACUGGAAGAAUCCACAAGGCACCGAGGAGAUGCUGCACAAAGAAGAUGAUGGAACUGUUUGGCUGCGUACUGGUGACGAGGUGACGCUUGAUAAGGAUGGAUUCUGCCGUGUGACAGGUCGCAUCAAGGAUAUUAUCAUUCGCGGCGGUGAGAAUAUCUACCCUGCCGAGAUUGAGGACUGUCUUGUUCAGCACCCGUCAAUUAUACAAGCCAGCGUCGUCGGUAUCAAGGAUGCCAAGUACGGCGAAGUUGUGGCCGCCUUUGUCCAAAAGGAGGAGGGAUCAGGUCCGGUUCGCCCCUCGACCUCGGAACUUCAAACUUGGGUUGGGAAAACCUUAGCGAGACACAAGAUUCCGGCCUACAUCUGGUGGAUCGGGGACAAGGACGUGUGCGAGACUCUGCCGCAGACUGCUAGCGGAAAAGUUCGCAAGGUAGCUCUGCGUGAAAUCGGGUCAAGGCUUAUUGGUGCAUGA